AUGUCGACCACGACCACCGCCUCGGCCACGGCCACGACCCCGGGAAGCGUCGUCACCUCCUUUGCGAGCAAGCCUCUCACGACAUCCUUUUCCCGACCGUCGGACUGCUCCACCGCCCUCGAGCUUCUGUCAGGAUCCAUCCCCAUCCUUGACCUGAAUCCCACCUGCCUCCCCGAAGGCAUGCAAACCUCGUCCGACUCUUACUUUUCCCCCGGACUCGCUUGCCCGUCCGGCUACCUCAAAGCCUGCCACGACAACGGAGGCGUGUCGUCCGUCACGACCGCCGUCUGCUGCCCCACCUUGAACGGUGACAUUUCCUUGUCCUGCGCCGACAUGGCCACCAACACGGGCGCCUGGAAAACGCUCUAUUGCGGCUGGAUGCCGCCGCCGGGCCUCACCACGACAUUGUCCUUUACGGUGAGCAGGAACAACGGCACCACCAGCACGUCCGUGGUGGCCAUGACGAGGCCCAUCGCGCUCAACGCCUUUGGCGUGCGCAUGGUAUACCAGAGCACCGACGUCAUGACGGCGACGGCGACGGCGACGGCGGACGGCUCUCCGAGGAUAUCCGUCUCCUCGGGAGUCGUGCCUGAUUCUUCCUCUGGCUUGUCGACGGGGGCCGAGAUCGCCAUCGCCAUCGUCAUACCUCUCGUCGCUCUUGCCGUCCUCCUUGGCGCGUGGUUGACGUGGCGAAGACGGCGGCGACGGCAGCCGCAGGGGGUGCAGCUCCAGACGAGCGAACCGAAGGCGCCGGCGAAAACCGUGUUGCAUCCGGAAAAUUUGCCCGAGAUGGAGGGGACUCCCGUGGGGGAGGUGGCGAUGCUGGCGGACACAAGUCGCGAGUCUAAAUAG